ACAAGAUCUGUGCCAGGGUGCCAAAUCUAUGUCGUUGUCAUCGAUACGAUGUCGGCGAAACAUGUUCGCUCGUGAAGGGGGUUAAAAGGCAAAUGAAGCAAAGUCCCCUCGCAUUCUACUGGAUUUGUUCGGGGAUGCCGGCUUUGAUAUCCAAGAACAAGCCCGAGCCUCGCUUCUCGAUUACCUGUAUGCGUCCGCCGCGGCAGAUGUUGCCUCAACCCACUAUCUUCACAACUAACCAUGACGCUGUUCGUCGGCAUCGUCCUCUCGUUGCUCUUCGCGUUCGUGACUUCGACCCCCGCAGAGCUCGCUGGCUACGAGAUAUACAACACGACCUGGGUGGCCGAGGUGCGGCCGCACGGCGAGGUGGUGGAACUCAACGGGACGCUACAGCAGGUGCACGCGCAGCUGCUGCGGCUGAACCCAAACUACAACGCCGACUUCCACAUCAACAUGGAGGGGCUGCGGCACAUUCAUGAAGGGUGGUCCAUGUUCUGCAUCAACGCGGGCUGCCCGUCCACGACCACGACCACCACGACCACUUCGUCCAAGCUGCUCCAGGACGACACCGUCUACACGUUCCGCGGGUUCGUGCAGACAAAGUGCCUGCACCACGACUCGCUCGCGCGCAUGAAGGCCAUCGACGAGGGCGUCUGGUACCUGCGCAACGUGCGCAACGCCAGGCCCAAGAACGGGCCCGGGCCCAACAACUGCGGCCGCGUGAGCUGCAGCUGGGCCGCCGGGAUAUACUGGUGCAACGACCAUGACGAGGAGCUCGAGGUCUACGAGUUCAACACCAUCGCCGACGGCGCCCACUGGGCCGCGCACAUGUGCCAGUUUCACCCGCCGGGGGUUGAGGUCGUCAAGUGGGGAGGCGGGCAGGCGCUCCAUGUCGACAACUGGAGGGUUGUGGUUAUACAUGAUCCCAGCGAUGGCUGCGAUAUACCGAAGGAGUAGGGGAGGGUUCGGUUACUUGACUGGGCAGGUAGGUACUUUAGCGCAGCGUCAGACUGCGGUCCACGUCCUCUUCUACCACCAGGGGGACAACCAACCGAACAAAAAGGAAUGUUUCGUUCCUUCAAUCAAAAAUUACCAAUACAAAGUAAAUGAAUGCCCUGAUGUCCA